AUGGAUAAUCGACAUGUGCUGCUGAAGUUUUCGUUUUUGACGCUUCUCGUGCUUCUCUUUGUUUGUGUGCAGGCAACAAAUGCGGGGAGUCAGCAGAAGAAGAAGAAAAUUGUUAUACAUGUACCCAUUCACAAGAAGAUCGAGAAACAUGUCCAUACGAUUAUCAAGCACGUUCAUCAUCAUCAUAAGCCGAUUGUACUAAAGGAGGAGAAGAAGAUUAUACAUGAGGAGCAUAGUCCGAUACAAAUACAUCAGACCAAAGAGCACAUACAUCAUCAUGAGAAGCAUGAUCAUGCCCAUCAUGACCAUCAUGAGCACCACGAGCAUCAUCAUCCCAUUGAACAGGCGCCAUCCAUCGAGGAGGAGGAGGAGCAUAUACAUCAUCAUCAUAAUUAUGAGCACAAAGAUGGUUUUUUGGGCAGCAGUGAUUCAGAUGCCAGCAGUAGCGGCAGCAGUAUCAACAGCAGCGAGGAACGCUGA